AUUUUAUAUUAUAACAGAAAUUUAUGAUGGCAUCCGAGGACGUUAAUUCUCAUACGAUAUUAAAUGCUUCAGAAGAGACUGGACAAUCUAUUACUAGUAUAUCACAGGAAAGUAAUAAUAAGGAUGUAAACUCAAGUAAACCACAGACUCAAGGAAAUCCAACGAGUAAUCUCCAAAGGAUACAACAACGCAAGCAGCAGACUUACAACUGGCCACAAGAAAAGAAAUUGUUAAAGCUUGCGAAUUAUAGUGCUUGUCAAACACAGGAUUGUAAAUGUACAGGCUGGAAAAAUGCACAACCAAUUAUAAAAUCACCAAAGGGUGAAAUACAGCAGCCUCUUAUAAGUUUUUCGGAUCCAUGUAAGAUGUGUAUUCAUCCUUUGGAAAACCACAUCAAACAUUUACCAGUUCAAUCUGAUGAUGAAAUUAACAGAUUACUGGGAAUGGCUAUAGAUGCAGAUAAUAUUUUAACAUGUACACAUAGGGAAGUAGAUCCCGAUACUAAGAAGGUGUAUUUUUAUUUAUAUAAAUUAUUGAGGAAUUGUAUCUUGUCUAUGACAAAGCCAGCUAUAGAAGGUCCAUUAGGACAGCCGCCAUUCGAAAGACCUAACAUGGCAAAAGCUGUAAUGAAUUUUGUUUUAUAUAAAUUUAGUCAUUUACCACCGGCAGAUUGGCAAAUUAUGUGUGAUAUGGCAAAGAUGUUUUUACACUGUCUGAAUUUCUGGAAUUUUGAAGCGCCCAGUGCCAGACAAGCAACAAUUAAUGCGGAUGAAGCUCCUGCUUACAAAAUUAAUUAUACCCGCUGGUUAGUUUUUUGUCAUGUGCCUGCAUUUUGUGACUCCUUACCACAUCAUGAUACUCCUUUAGUUUUUGGAAAAACUCUAUUGCAAGCCGUAUUCAAACCACUUUGUAGAGAAUUAAUGAAUAAGUGUCAUAAUGAAAGAGACAAAAUAACACCGGAGAAGAGAAUUAUAGUUUUAACGCAUUUUCCUAAGUUUCUUUCAGCUCUAGAAGCUGAGAUUUAUUCUGAUAGUUCACCUAUGUGGGAUCCUGAAUUUAAACAAGCACCACCGUCUCAUGUGCAAGCUGCCUUAGAAUCAAAAGCACAAGCAAGAAAGACAGGAGAAUUUGAAAAAGUUAUUAUUACACCGAACGAGAAAGAUAAUUAUACAACGAUAAACAUUAGUCCUGGAAUAAGAAGACUUCCUGAAAAACGUUUUUAUUUCGAAGGACGACCGGAUGCAAAGAAACGAAAAAAUGAAGAAAUUUUUGAAGAUUUGCCAGAUGAAACUGUUGCUGAAAUUGUUGCAACUAUUAAUGAUCCCAAUUAUAUGUAUGGGCCUGAUGCAGUAUUUCCUCCAGAUGUUCCACGAGAUGAGACUGCUAAAAUUGAAGAAAGCAGAAAGAUCAUAGAGUUCCAUGUUGUCGGAAAUAGUCUGACACAGCCAGUAUCUAAGCAAACUAUGCUUUGGUUAAUAGGAUUGCAUAAUGUAUUCAGUCAUCAAUUAGUUAGAAUGCCCAAAGAAUAUAUAUCUCAAUUUGUUUUUGAUCCGAAACAUAAAACAUUAGCCCUGAUAAAAAGUGGUCGUCCAAUUGGCGGUAUUUGUUUUCGCAUGUUUCCUACUCAGGGUUUUACUGAGAUUGUAUUUUGCGCUGUUACGAGCCAAGAGCAAGUAAAAGGCUAUGGAACACAUUUAAUGAAUAUGCUAAAAGAUUAUCACAUCAAAAAUAACAUACUGCAUUUUCUUACGUUUGCGGAUGAGUUUGCUAUUGGAUAUUUUAAAAAGCAAGGAUUUAGCAAAGAUAUAAAACUGCCGAAGCCGAUGUAUCAUGGAUACAUCAAAGAUUAUGAAGGAGCGACAUUGAUGCACUGUGAAUUGAAUGCUAAAAUAGUAUAUACUGAAUUUACAGCAGUAUUAAGAAAACAAAAAGAAAUAGUUAAAAAAUUAAUUUAUCAAAGACAACAGGAUAUACAAAAGAUUCAUCCGGGUUUAACAUGCUUUAAAGAUGGUGUAAAAAGUAUUCCUGUCGAAUCCAUUCCAGGAAUUCGUGAAACCGGAUGGAAGAAUUACGCUCAGACAAGAACAAGAGGUGUGGUCAAAGGAACGCAAGGUUCGGAACUUAUAGAUUGUAUGGAUAUGUCAGAAUCUCUUUAUAACACUUUAAACAGUGUUUUGAAUAGUGUGAAGAAUCACAUCUCAGCCUGGCCAUUUCUGGAACCUGUAGACAAGGACGAGGUUCCAGACUAUUAUGAUCAUAUAAAAUAUCCAAUGGAUCUCAAGACUAUGGAAGAUCGUUUGAAGUCUAAAUACUAUGUAACUAGAAGAUUAUUUAUUGCUGACAUGACACGAAUUUUUACAAAUUGUAGAUUAUACAAUAGUCUUGAAACCGAUUAUUAUCGUUGCGCCAAUGCUCUGGAAAAAUACUUUCAGACACGUAUGAAAGAAAUUGGUCUAUGGGACAAAUAG